AUGCCUGGGGUGGCCGCGCCUGCGCACUCGCUCCCGCCAUCCCGAUCAGGAACAGGUUGGUGGGGAGAAAUAAUGUAAUAUCAUCUCUUAGUGCCUUUACCCAAUUAACCGAGCGUCGUGGUCGAGUGGAGUUGAUGCUACAGGAGCCGCACAAGAUGGAUGAAUUGGUUGUGUUGAAUGAGGGAGGGAGUGAUGGUCAGGGUGUUGGGGAGGACAAGUAGCCUGAGGUGACACGACACACAAGUGGCAGCAGCCUGCCUGGCCUGGUGACUUGCUGUCUCUUCCCAGCCUCCACCACACAUGCACUUGUGUAGCGCUUACAAAAGUUAUCAGCCUUAUUCUGCUUCGCUUGUGUGCUGCUGAGGUUGUGGUGUAGGCGUUUGGACUGUAGUAAGACUAAGGCUGCGUGUAUGUUGUUGUGUAGUGUGUGGCUUUCUGCAUGAUGGCUGCUGCUGCUGGCUCCCCUGCCAAGGAGGAACUCACUGUACCUCCUGCCGCUCAGCCUCGUAGAGGAGCCUCCGCUGGGCCCACUCCCACCCUGUUGCAUGACUCCGCACUGCACUCUGCCACCAACAUUACUGCUGCCAGUACUGCUCUCAUCACCCCAGAGUCCCUGGCUGCCUCCCUACAUUCAUCUGUAUCCUCCCCUACAGGCACCAAGCUGGCAGUCACCACACCCUCUGAAUCACCUGCUGGGGGGGAGGGUGCCAGAAUAACUCUUGACGAAGAGAAAAAGAUAGCUCUAAGUCAGCUGCAGGAACUGGAGGUGGCCAUCAAGGUGCGAAGAGUUACUAAGGUGGAUGGAAGAAAGAUCCGUUGGAUUGAGUACCGUGCCCGCAAGCAAGCAGAGGAGGAAAAGCAGCCAGCGCACACCAAGAAGAGACCUCGUAGAUCAAGGUCAAAAACCAAAGGGUUAGAAAAUAGUGAGAAUGAAGCAAAUGUAAAUAACAAUAACAAUAAUAAUAAUAACAAAACUGACAGCACCAUGAAAGGUGACUCUGCAAGCUCUCCCCUCAGUGUGGUGGGCACAAGCAAUGUCCUGGAGAGUAUGAAGCAGCAGUUUCUGCAAGGCACAGAAAAUGUAGACGAGCCAUCCAUCAAUGGUAAAUCAGGCAUCUUGGCAGAAAGCUCAGUCUCUUCCCAGAAACGUAAGUCUGGGAGAACACGCAAGUCAGCUGGUGCAUCAGAGGGGGGAAGUCCUUCCAGUACCUCGCCAAAGAAACUUAGUCCCAGUGAAGCCAAUCCCAAGGGAGCAUGCCUUCGGAGUUGUGGUGGAUCAAAGGGAAGCUCCUCUGCAAACGGUUCAGUUUCAGAAGUCCCACUUACAUUGUCCAGCACACCAACUACACCCUUUACCUCAGAUCAGCCUCUUGCUAUAGGUAUUAAGAAGAAUUUUUUUACUCCUAGGUCUCUCACAAAAGGUUUGAGAGAAGUUCGUAAGAUGGAGAAUGGCACGGAUGGAGCUUCUGCUGUGAAGGCAGAAGAGGUUAAAACUCCAUUAACCUCACCAAGUGCCUCUCUACACCUUACAGCAUUAACGUCUGUGGUCUCUGAUGGGGUGGCAAACGAAGCAAAGUCCUCAGCUGAUUCUAAAUCACAGUCAGCAGAUACCAAAGGAACCAAGACUACGUGUCCCCUUAUUAAGGCAGCUGCUAAACUCAUGUCCCAGCCCACAUCAAGAUCUAAAUCUGCAGACAGUUCCUCAGCCAAAGGUAAAAGAGGGAGUUCUCAGAAAGGAAGUGGGAGAAAAGCAUCUGCUAAGUCUGCACCACGGCCAGAGUCAGAACCCAGAACUACUGUUAAUGGUCACAAUCAGAUGGUUCAAAAUGGAUCAUCAGAAGAGGGAUCUCACUUGAUUUCACCAGAUUCUUACAGUCUCGGAGAAUCUUGCUCAGGCAAGGCCUCAAAGCAAGGGAACAGUGAAGGCACUCCUGGGACGGCAUCAGACUCUGACUCCAGCAUAAAGAGACCGAGAGGCCGACCACGAAAGAGAACGUUAGUUCUCAAGAAGGAAGGCUCUACAUCAGCUUCACCUGGCAAAUCUGGGAAGAAGCUGGCCACUCUUGUUGUCGUUGAUGUCCACAAUACAAUGAAUGGUGAGCCUCAGAUGGUCAUCCCUGUGAAGAGACCUGUACUGAGGGGUAAGAGGACACCCAUGGGCAAGAAUUCCUCACAGAAUGUGGAGAAAUUGCCUGAUAUCAAGCACUCACCAGUACCUGCAUCUAAACGACAGAAGAAUGAAGCAAAAUCAAAGCUUGAUGGUGAAACUCUUCAGACGGGUAUUAAUUCGGGCUCCCCACAUGUUGAUACCAAAAAGGGCAAAACCAGUAAGAAAAAUCUUGAACAUUCAGUGGCUGUUAAGGAAGAAAAGGAUGACACAAGUGCCUCAACUGUUAAUCAAAUACAAAUACCACCUGAACAGACUCAAAGUACAAAACACACAAAGAGUGUUCAAAGAACCACAAACAGAGAAUUGCCCUCAGAAUGUGAAUCUUCCACUGCCAUGCCAUCUAACCUUCAAGAUAAAAGGAAGAAGAAAGUCAAGAAGCCUGUUUUGAAAGUGAAAACAUUACCUGCCAAACACAAGGAAAUUGAGAAAAUCAUAAGAAAAUCUAAGAAGGCUACAAGUGGAGUCAGCAAACAGAAUAGAGCUCAGCCCAAGAAAAAUACCAUAAGGAAAUAUCUAACUGCACAAAAAGGAAAAGCUGCAUCAAAAAUAAUCUCUACUGCUAAGAAGGAAGGUUUAGUACAGGUAAAGCAGAAAAAUGGUUCAGGUGAAGGUGAAAGUCAGGGUGAGGAAAGUGUAACUCAUAAACAUGAACCAACACACAACAGUGAACCUAUGGAGGUGCAGCCUUUAGAUCCUUCACUGUCAAGUGAAAGUGUUUUGAAAACUGAGACACCAGAGGUAGAUGUACAAAACAGUGUGCCAGAUUUGAGACUUACAGAGGAAAAUUCCAACCUGAAGGCAAAUCUAGCAGCUGAAGUUCCUUGUUUACCCAGUUCUACAGUACCUGCGGUUGGUUAUGUGGAGGAAUCCUCUAUUGAAGUGAAACCAAAUUUUGUGCCUCAAAGUGAAACAGAAACACACCCAUCCACAAAUGAAAAUACCCCAGCAGUGGACAUUUUGGGGAUAGAAAAGUCGUAUGAAAAAGUAAGUGACUUACCAAAGAUUAGUUUUCAGGAUAAUGACAAUAUUAACAACAAUAAUGCUGAGGAGGAGGGUGUUGUCAUAUGUGAUAAAGAAAUAACAGUUAUGAAGGAUUUAUCUGUAAAGAAACUCUCAACUGCAGAUGAUUCAUUAAAAUGCAUCAUUAAUGAGGAGUGUUCUUUGGAGGAGCUUGCAUCCAAAACAAAAAGAGAUGCCAUGAUCGAAAAAACAAGUGUUGAAAAAGUUCUUGGUUUGGAGAGAGCAUGUGUGAAGGAUGAAGAACAUCAGAUGUUGACUACAGAAGGUGAGGAGUGCCCAAAGGAAGACUGUGCAGUGGAAAACAGUUUCCAGAAUGAGAUAGAUGCAGUUGGCUUAAAGAGUGAGGAAAAUGUCUGUGAUAAAAAUGAAAGUUAUGUUGAAACCGUGCCAGAUGGUGACAAAAGUCAGAUACCUACACACACAGUGGCAUCGGACAGUAGCAAGACAGAAAGUAAUAGUACAUCCAAAGAGAGUGUAUUGUCAAGCUCAUCAUCCCAUGGUGAAACUGCAAAAGAAUUAGAGGUGCCUUUUGUAGAAGCUGCUCCUGUUCCAGCUGGUGAUCUCUCCCUCCCUGACAGCACUGCCUCCACCACAGCUCUCCAGGAAGUAAGUAUGGAAAUGGUGGAGGAAGCUUCAGGUGAGAAACAGACUGAACUUCAAUCUGACUCUGAAGAUAAGAUAUCUCAGUCUUGUAAUUUUACUGAAGAAGUAAUGCAUACCACAGAAAGUGUAAAGGCCAAAGAAACUGAUCCCAGUGAAAGUAACAUUGCAGAAGUGAAUCAAGUUGAAGAAAAUCAAGCUGUAGAUUCCACAGAACCAGGUGAUUCAGAAGUGCAGGUUGUUGAAGUACAGACAGAAGCACUACAGGAGCAUGAUAAUUCUGUUUCUGUUGUAAGCCAGAAGAGCAGUCUAAAGCAGGUCAAGAGAAGAGAUGGUUCCCUCAUCCCCAAGAAAAUUAAGAAAGGUCUCGUGCAGUCCCCUAACAUUACACAUUUAGAAAGCAGCAGAGAAGAUAUGAGGGAAGAGGUAAAUGAUGUGAAAAUUACCAAAGCACGAGAAGCUAGUCAAGAAGUGAGUGCUGGCAAGACAGGUGAAAGUAGGGAAUUGUUGGACACUUUGCCACCAUCCCAAAAGGACACUGAUGAGGUUCAGGAAGUAAUUCCUGAAGUUCAGCCAGCCCGCCUUACCUCAGCACCAGAAGUUCACAGUUCCUCAGUGACCAAAACAAAGGAUAAAGUACCAAGGAUAUUAAAGCAGCUCUUCCAAGACGAGGGUGUUCAGAACAUGCUCAAGAGUAUGAGUGAAGAUGCAGGAGCAGCCCCAGAGACUUCACCAAACAGUGAUUCUGGAACCCACAAACUACGACCCAAGCGGAUCACAGAACCCAUGCUUUCUUCCUCUCCUGAAUUGGAUGCCAUGGAAGCAUUCCUCACCUCUUCUAGAAAGAAAAAACGUGGGACAGAGUUGGAUACACUUUACAUAGAUGAAGGAGUCUUGAACUUGCUCACCAGCAAAGAGCACCCCACUCGCAGGGCACAUCAAGAGGAUGCAGCUAGUGAUGUAUCUCAGGCCAGCAGCUCAAAGAGUUUUAAGGUCAGUAAGACCACUAAAUCAAGUGAAGGGUUUUCAGACUCAAGAAAAAGGAAGCUGAGUGGAGCCAGUACAGCAAGUAAUACUUCAAGUUCCUCUAAAUCUCUGCAGCCUCCAGAGCCCAAGAAGGUUCGAGUGGAAAGUCAAGAACCUGUUGAAGAUCCAUAUGAAUUGGAUAUGGCUGAGGAGUUUAAAGAGAAGUCCGUCAUUGUGGGCUACAGUCCUCUUGAGACAACUGUUAGUAUAGCUAAAAAGAAAGGCCCACCUGUGGUUCCUUUAUCAGUCAAGCAGAAGAACAAGGCUAUCAGGAUGCAGCUCAAGCUCCAGAAGCAGAAGCAGUUGAAGAGUGUUGUGAGUGAGGGCAGUGAAGAUCAGGAUGGGAGCAACACUAAGCUAGUUCAGGUGCCUGACACGCUCACUGUGUCAAAGGAAUUGCUUCCUGAAUCCAGCAUCUUGCCAGCUUCAGUUGAGGCAAGAGAGGUCUCUAGCAAGUCUGUACCUCCCAUCAAGAUUAAACUGGCAUCAGACAGUGUUACUAUCAAGCCUGUGCCUCGUCCAUCCCCGCCUCAUCAGACUGCUGAGGUCACCAUUGUAGCCAAGCCAUCACCUGUCAGAGUGCCCAUCAAGCCUCCUCAUGUGGUUGACUCCACCAGUCCACCUCUACCCAGGCAACUGCCACUUGCUCAGAUGAAAACCAGUCCAGAGAAGCCUAGGCCCCAUCCUGAUCGCCACAGCCCGUCUUCACAACUCAGGAGGGUAGAUACCUACCCUGGAGUUGUCCCUCCUGCCCCUCCUGCCCCAGGUUUCCCUUCACUAGUGAGAAACUGUGAUGCAGCAGCUGCUGCAGCAGCAGCGGCAGCAGCAGCAGCAGCAGCAGCAGCAGCAGCAUCCAAAAGCCGGCAGCGUGUAGGUGGGGAGAGUGUGCGGCAGUCCCAGCGUGCCAGUGUGAGGCAGAGUGAGGCCAGUUACCACUUCAGAGAUAUUGCACUCAGAAAGUUCAACAAUUUCACUCAAAUCAUCCUAUCACCUUCCACAACCAAGAUGAAAAAUGCUCUCAAUUCAAGGGUUUUGCGUGAGCUGUGUGAGGCACUGAACAUCCUGAAGCGUGAUGAAUCAGUGAGAAUAGUGCUUUUGACAGGCACAGGUUCUACCUUCUGUCAGGGUGUAGAUUUGACAGCUCUCCAACACCCUAAUUUGGAAACACGCAAGAAGAAUGCAGAGAACCUCGUCAGGGGAAUAAAGGACUUCCUGAAGGCUUUGGUUCAGUUUUCAAAACCCAUUAUUGCUGGUGUUAAUGGAAAUGCAAUGGGUUUGGGAGUGACAAUGUUGCCGCUCUUUGACAUGGUUAUUGCCAAUGACAAGGCUGAAUUCUGCCUCCCCUAUGCAAAGUUGGGCCAGGUGCCAGAAGGGGGCGCCACCUACACAUUCCCCAACUUGUGUGGGAAAUUGCAGUCUACACAGCUAUUCUUGGGACACAAGCUUACUGCCCGCAGAGCCCAGGAGAUGGGUCUUGUUUCGGAGUCCAUAUGGCCUGCUACUUACCAGCAAGAGCUCAUUCCAAAAGUGGCUCUCCUAGCUACUCAGUCGGCACAGAGCAUGGAGGCAACCAAAGCCCUGAUGAACCACCACCUGGUCACCAAGCUGGAGCUGAGUCUGGAGUCUGAGUGUCGUCUUCUCCUGCAGCAGUGGACUUCCCCACACUUUGCCCACCUGUGUAAGCGAUUCCUUGACACACAGUACAUCCACCUUCAGAAGCCUGUCAGCCUUCCACUUUAGGUGUCCUCCUUCCUCAUGAUAAGCAACAUGCCAAGUGGAGGAAUCCUGAAGGUGAUGCACUGGAGUGGCUACUGAGCAAGACUGCUGCUCACCUGACCCUGCCCACUCCCCUUGAACUUUAUGAAGUAGAGCAUUAGUUUUUACCAUAUGGUAUCUGAUUUAUGGUACUUUUUUGAAAAUACAAUACAGCAAUAUGGAGAAAGCUGUGUGCAGCUGCCCAGUUAGUGUGAAAAUGCCCAGUGUGUGAUACAGCCAACACUGUCCAUUGCAGUGUUGCCAGGACUUGAGGCCUUGACACAGACGCUCCACCACCCAUGGGUGAUGGGACUCCCCAGACAGGGAACAAUAAUGUAGAGUACCUUAAGGCCCCACCUGGGAGAGUUUUAGAACAGUGCCUGGGAGGUACAGACUGGUUAUGUCCAUUGUGGUGAAUAUAUUAUCUCCCAUUCUUAUGCACACAGUUUGUAUGUACAUAAAUAUAUAAAAAUCAGAGAACUCAUCAUUGCACAAGUUAUAUUUUACCUGGGAAACUAUUUUACGUGGGAGCAAGUUCCCAAAGUGCAAGUGUUUUGUAGCGUUUUAAGCGGAUGUUGACGUGAGUAUUUUGUAGUUAAUUUUUAUAGUUGGGAGUUGUUGAUGAAGUACAACCUGUAAGCUAUUGCAGUCUGAAACAUGUCAGUAUCAUGCAAUGAAAGUUAUUGAAUUUUUGAUCAAAUAAUUUAUUUUAAUACCAUGACCUAAAUGUUCAGAAAUAUUCAAGUAUGAAUAAGGGGACGAGUGAAUGUGUACGUAAGGGAAGUGACUUUGUGUUCUCUUUAGUACCCUGAUUUAGUUUUGUACAUAUUUUAGUUUACUAGACUUAUUUAGUAUCAUAAUUUUAUAGGUAAUUUAAGCAAUAUUUAUCCUGUAUACUUGUGCACCUGUCUUGAUUUCUCCAACGAUGCAGUCAGAUGGCAGUUUGCUGUGUUGCUGCAGUGCUAUUGUGAAAUAGUGCUGCAGAAUGUAGUGCAGUAGCACAUUGCAUGAAGGUGUUAUACUGUGUUACAUGCCUUCUGUGUUGCAGUACUUGUGCAACAAUGUGCUGCAGUAGUGUCAUGUAGCAUUUUAUAGUAUUGCCAUGCACUGCUGCAACCAUGUUUCUUUCUCCAAAUAUCUUGUAGUACAGCACUACAAUGUAGCACACAGUGCCACCCAUCAGCAGAUUUGUCUUUCAUCCUUCAGAAAUCUGACUGUGUCCAUUGGACAAACCUUUCAUCCCUCUCAUGCAUAUUAUUUAUUGUUAUGACUCUGGUUUUGACACUCCUCAAUCAAAGAUAUGUGGCAUUGUAACAGAUCUCAGUGAUUUCCCCAAAGUACAACCCUACCCUGCACCCACAUGUUCUUACUCCAGGCCUUCCUGGGCCUCUCUGACCCUUAUUUGCCUUCCUUACUUUAGUUUGGUAGUACAUGGUCCAUUGUACAUACUUGUAUUGUUUGUAAGUAUAAAUGAUGCAUAUUUUCACCA